GCUCUAAGCGGUCCGACAGUUCUACCGCGAAUGGGUAUAAAAGCGGCUGGCUGUUCUUUCAGCUAGCAAACAGUUCGAUAGCUUCAUUCGGUCUCAACAUGUUCAACAAAACGAUCCUCGCAGCCCUCAUCCUGUGCGCCUGCUACCUGAGCGUCACCCAAGCUCGUCCCCAGCUGGAUGUGAUCCAACCCGUCGUAGGAGGAGUUGCUCAAGGAGCCACCCAAGGAGCACUGACAGCACCUCUUGGACUGGUCACCGGCCUGGCCAAGACCGCUACUGGGGGUGCUGGCGGUGGCCUCCCAAUUCCCGGACUCUCGCAGCUUCCUCUCGGUGGAUAGAGUCAACAAAUAAACUUUAAAUAAUUCUGCACUUAAUGCAUAAAUCUGUAAAUUUCUCUGAGCAACAUUUUGUGUAAUAUUUUUGUACUA